AUGAAUGCUAAGCAAGGGGCUCAACAGGGAGCUGUCCAGAGGGCAGCAAAUCUAUCAGGAGUCGCUCAUGAUCCACCAGUAAAUAUAGCAGGAGUUGCUCAAGAUCGAGUAGCUCAAGGGGGAGUGGCUGCCAACAACGAGCAAAAUGCAGUUAUUGUGGCUGAUGACAGAGCUCAUGCUAUUAGACAAUAUGCUCUCCCCCUCUUCAAUGAGCUCAAUCCAGGCAUCGUCAGACCAGAAAUUCAAGCAGCCCAGUUUGAAUUGAAGCCAGUCAUGUUCCAGAUGCUUCAAACUGUGGUUCAGUUUAGUGGUAUGCCAACAGAGGAUCCUCACGUUCACCUUCACUUGUUCAUUGAAGUAAGUGACUCUUUCAAGCUGCCCGGAGUGACAGAGGAUGCAUUAAGACUAACGUUGUUCCCAUACUACUUGAGAGACAGAGCCAGAGCUUGGUUGAACUCUUUGCCUUCUGAUUCUGUGAGUACUUGGCAAGAGUUGGCAGAGCGGUUUUUGAUGAAGUAUUUUCCCCCCACUAAGAAUGCCAAACUCCGCAACGAGAUUACUUCAUUUCAGCAACUUGAUGAAGAAUCUUUAUAUGAGGCAUGGGAGCGGUUUAAGGAGUUGUUGCGCAAAUGCCCUUAUCAUGGCAUUCCUCAUUGCAUCCAGAUGGAGACAUUUUAUAAUGGUCUAAAUGCCCACACUAGAAUGGUGGUUGAUGCUUCAGCGAACGGGGCUCUUCUUGCUAAGUCCUAUAAUGAGUGGCCUUCUUCUAGAUUAUCUACAGGCAGAAAGGUGGCUGGUAUUCAUGAUGUAGAUGCCAUCACUUCUUUGGCAGCCCAAGUAUCCUCUAUUUCUAAUAUGCUCAAGACAAUGAAUAUGGGGAUGAAUCAAUCAGUGGGGCAGCCUAUGGGGACGCAAUUUGGGCAAAUGGAAAACAUUUCUUGUGUGUAUUGUGGUGAGGGUCAUACUUUUGACCACUGUCAUUCCAAUCCAGCAGUUGUGUGUUACAUGGGGAACCAAAAUAGGAAUAGCCCUUAUUCUAAUUCCUACAACCCAUCAUGGAGGAAACAUCCCAACUUCUCGUGGAGUAAUCAAGGGGCUGGCCCUAGCAAUUCUUCUAUGCCUCCAAGACCAAAUUUCCCACCGGGUUAUCCCCCACAAGCACCACAACAAAGGCCACAACAACAAGUAAUGCAAUCUAGCUCUCUUGAGAACAUGUUGAAGGAGUAUAUAGUGAAAAACGAAGCCAUGAUCCAAAGCCAAGCUGCAUCAUUGAGAAACUUAGAAAACCAAGUUGGGCAACUAGCUAAUGAGCUUAGAAAUAGACCCCAUGGUACAUUACCAAGUGACACCGAGAAUCCAAGAAAUGGGAGCAAAGAACAUUAUAAAGCCGUCACUUUGAGAAGUAGGAAGAAGUUGGAGAAUUCCAAGGCCAACUCUGGGCAUGAGGGUGAGCCCUCUUCAAUCCAAAUAAAUGAGGAAAUUCAAAAAGAUGCUGAUAUUCCUAGUGUAGAAAAAUCUGCCUCUGCCCAGAAUGCUGCAGGAAUGCCACAACAUCAGCUCCCAGAUAGCUCGAGUACAAGGCAGCCACCUCCAUUUCCCCAACGUUUUCAGAAGCAAAAGUUGGACUCUCAAUUUAAAAAGUUCCUAGACAUCUUGAGGCAGCUACAUAUUAACAUUCCCUUUGUUGAAGCCCUAGAGCAAAUGCCCAACUAUGUGAAGUUCAUGAAAGACAUCCUUACAAAGAAGAGAAGAUUAGGGGAAUUUGAGACAGUGGCUCUUACCAAGGAGUGUAGCUCAUUCUUGCAAAACAAGCUGCCAUUGAAGAUGAAAGAUCCUUGGAGUUUCACCAUUCCCUGCACCAUUGGUAAUUCUUAUUGUGGCAUGGCUUUAUGUGAUUUGGGUGCAAGCAUUAACUUGAUGCCAAUGUCUAUUUUCAAGCAAUUGGGGAUUGGAGAAGUUAGGCCUACUAAAGUUACUCUUCAAUUAGCAGAUAGAUCUCUUGCUCAUCCGGAUGUAUUGGUAAGGGUAGAUAGAUUCAUAUUCCCUGCUGAUUUUAUUGUGUUAGACUAUGAGGCAGACAAAGAGGUGCUAUGA